UUUCAAUCGUGUUCAUAACAAAAAAGAACAUUGCAUCUGCAUGUUUUCCUCCUUUGGGUGUUGUGUGCCGUCGACGUGCACAAGAGCGCAAGAAACUAGCUAGAAAAAGCAGUUCUAACAUGGAGAGUGUGAUAUAACUUCGGUCUGUGUGGUGUCCUAUCCGAUUGUGUGAAGAUUAAAAUUGUGGUUGUUGUUAGACAAGAUUCUUCCUCGUCAUCAUCGCGGUUGGAAGUUGUGUUUUUCCUUUGUUUUAAUAAUAUAGUUCACGGUCUUCAAUCGGUCUGCCAUUGCAGUUAGCCAGGAUUGUGCUGGUCUUGUUGUUUUUUGUGUAAUUAGUAGCAUUACGAAUUAGUGAUCACUUUAGGUGUUCAGCGAGUAUCAAAUAAUAUAGUGUUAACUUUGUAUCUACUCUGUCAUCAUUUGAGAUUAAGGCGAUAUUCUUAUUGGAAAAAGGACCUCAGUUUUGCUGUAAGUUCCAGCAGAGGAAAGUAUUGGUUUCGUGCAACAAGCAGAUUCCGCUGCAGAAACAGAAACAGAAAAAGACUUCGCGUUUGUACCGCCUCCCGUUUCCUGCCUAAAGCCCACUAGAAACGAAAGUAUUUAAUAAUACCGAAUAUAAGAAUCGAAGACAUCUUUUCCAGGAUUGGAAAAAUGGAUUCUAGCCGUAAAAAUAAUUUAAACCGACAGGUUACUGAUCAUGUUCCUAACAAAAGUAAACUGGAUCGAGCAGGAAGAGGUCCCAUUGAAUCAGCAGAUGCUCAGCGGGCUGAAGUUCCAGAAGUAAUCGUUGAAGAUGAGAUGCCAACAGGGCAAGAUGAUCGUCCAGUAUUAGACGAUGAUCAAAAUGCUGGAGAGCAGAAAGCUCAACGCAAAGGUUACACUUUAGAAGAGAUAUUGGCACGCUGUCCAAAGAGUCGUAAAGACAUAGCUUUUGAGACAAUAUGUAACGCUGUAGUAGAAGCUGGAAAAAAAAAAUUCGAGAUAGUAUCACCAAAUCAGUCACCAAACCAAGAGGUAAGCCAAGAAGUUAUCGAUGCAAUGGCAGAAUUAGGUUAUGACUGGAAACCUCCAGUUGACGAUUAUGUUCCACCGAAAUGGAGGGAUCCGAUAAAACCCGCAUGGGAUUUGGGGUGCUAUGGCAACCCACCCAUAAGCAAUAGCAACACCAGACCAGGAUGUGGUCAUGGUGGCGCUCGAAAUAAACCUCUUGACCUUAAUUAUGACGCCUGUCGCUGCGAUGACGUCUUUCCUCAUGAUGAUCCGGAAACUGCUCAUCACUAUUACCGUAUUUUUAUGGAAAAUACAGCUCCAUCAGCUCCGCCACAACCGGGACCAAGCGGAAAUAAUAAACCAUUUGCACAGGGGUCUAAACAUCGUCCACACAGUGCACAUCAGGGAGACGGGAGUUCCGGUCGCUCUGUUUCAACAGCGGGCUUAGGAGUAUCAUCGUCCAAUCGAGGAAGUCGCAAAGAUGGACCAUCCACGUCUAACAAUCCAGCGACUUGAAAGGCUGUUACACGCUUAUGCAGGAUUGAAUGAACAUAUUGAUGCCUUUAUUACGACUUAUAUACAUUAAAUAACCUUAUAUCCAUUAAAUAGCUCUGUAACCGCUUGUUACAUUAAAUAACUAUAUAUCCAGU